CAGCGCAGUUAUUGAUGCUGCAGAGACACCUAACUUAAAGACGUCUCCAAAAAGAUGAUCAACACAUACAAUCAAAGUUCUCCAGCACACAUGUCCCAGCAAGCAUCCUCUUCAGCCAUGAAGACAACCAUGUGGAUUUUAACUCUCUUUAUGCUUGCGCAGAUUAUUGGAACCUCAAUUUUUGGUGUAUAUUUUUACAAGAAGCUGGAUAAGAUUGAAGAGGAAAUGAGUUUCAGUGCUGACUACCAGGUUCUGAGAAGAAUACAGAAAUGCAUGAAGGGGAACAGCAUUGAUCCAACAUUACUGAACUGCAAGGAGGUGCUGGCUAAAUUCCGCCAACUAAUAGCCGAGAUCAUCAAAACAGACACGUCAGGAGAAAAACUUGAAUACCUGAAAGAUACAAGUAACAUUUCCACAAAUGAGGUUCACACUGAAGAGAAGAACAAAAUGCCAAAAGAAGAAUCAGAAAAGCCAGUUAUUGCAGCACAUCUUGUGGGAGAAAAAAGCAGCAACAAAGAAGUGUUGCAAUGGAUGGAAAAGGGUUAUUCAUCGAUGUGCAAGCAGAUUACAUAUACAAAUGGUAAACUGAAGGUGGAAACUGCUGGUAUUUACUAUGUUUACUCUCAAGUCAGUUUUUGCAUGAAUUCAACAAAGCCAUCCCAUGCACCGUUCAUACAAUACAUCUAUUUAAGUAGAUCACAGGAAACAGACAAGUUGUUGCUAAAAGGAGCAAACACGUUUAUCACACCAACACCAGACUGUGCUUUGCACUCAAUACAACAAGGAGCUGUAAUUGCCCUGAAGAAAAAUGAUCUACUAUUUGUUAAUGUGACGGAUUCAUCUCGCAUCAAUUAUAGUCCUGGACUUACAUAUUUUGGCAUGUUUAAACUCUGAGUAACUCAGUUGUAAGACUUACUGAAGAUGAACGCUAAGUAUGUGGUGUGUUAUGUACACCUUCCCAGCACUUCAGUUUAUUACUAUGAUUUUUGCAGAAAUACUUGGAUUUUUGUGGUCAAAGAACGACUCUACAUUGGUAACCCUUCUCUCGUAAAAACAUAAAAUGCCAUAAUAUUUGCUGAACAAUCAGCUCUUUUUCAGCAGUUGACAAAGCCUUACAUGUGAUCAAAAUGUAAUUGUCUUUUGUUCUAGACAAUCGGGGGGCUCAUAUUCUAACUGGGCUAUACUAAGGUGAUGUCAGAAACUAUUGAAGCAAUAAUAUUGUCUAUCCUAUUCGGGUGUGGGAACAUUCUGGGGAAGUGUAUUACACGAUUCUUGGCUUAUGAAGUUACAUUGAUAACGCUGUCAAGAGGAAGAGGAGGUCACUGCAUUCUGUUUGAAGUAUAUUCAUUUUACAAGUAAAAAAUAGCAAGGGUUAGGCUUGCCUGGGGAAAGAUUCAAAUACUGAUGAAAUCCCCAGUUUACCUUUACACAAUUCAGUUCUGCUUAGUUCCACUAUUUUUUCCACUCCUGUUAUUUUUAACUCUCUUCUUCAGGAUGCAGUUUGCACAGAACAUUAAAAAGCCACGAGCCCCGCCUCCCUUUCCCAUAGUCCAACAGUCCUUCAAUUAGUCCAUUAGUUUGUUGGAAAAAUCCAGUGUCCAAAAGUGAGCAUAUUCAAAUCACAUCUUAUGUUGGACCAUAAUUCAAAUGCAGGUAUGGGAUCGGUUAUCCAGAAUACUGGGGACCUGGGUUUUUCCAGAUAAUGGAUCUCUC